UUUUAAUGCGGACAAAAUUCAAAGUUACGGACAAUGGUGAUCGGCAGGUUCCCAGUGGGAAAACUUUUCAUUUUUGGCCUGAAACGGGUUAGCAAGCCAUUUGGCGAUCUUCUGAUGUGGAUGGGCAAGCACCAUCCCUUCAUCCGGCAAUACGUCAUUAUUCCGCCGGCCCAGCUUUAUAAUACCAUCGAGGUUCGUUCAAAGCUCCGAAUGUUGCGACUGAAACAACCCAGGCGGAUUCCACGUCUCUCACCUCCGAUCGCCACCAGAUUGGGUGCCGACAUGCUGAGCGAGGCCUUCGUUUUCUGCAUUGGUCUCGGUCUUAUAUACUACGAGAUUUCAAAAACAUAUACAAAAAAUCAGAGGAAAGACCAGGAAAUUGAGGAUCAGAAGAGAGCUCUAGAUGAACGCGUUGACUGUAUCGGUGCGGAUGUGGAGCGGCAGCAAAAGGACAUCAACUGGAUCAGGGCAGCCCUGCUUGACUUUGAAAAAUAAUGGAGUUUGUAAUAAUUUUUUAAGGAAUGUAAAAUCUGCUUGUUGGCGGGAAAUAUACAUAU